ACCACGAAGAAAAAGAAGAAGAGAAAAAUCAUUGCACGGGUUAUUCGCAGGUCUCAUCCUUAAAGAAAUAAGAGACUCCAAGCAACAAACUAGAUGGUUAUGGAAAACAAUGGACAACUCUGCUGCAAAUAAGAACCACACACAGUGUCCAACAUGGUUGAACCACAGUGGCUGGCCCACAACUUCAUCUCAAGGACUUUCAAUGAACCUCCACACCAGCUCGCAAACUCUCGGUCUGGGUUCUACCUCUGAUCAGAGACCGUUGUUCGGCCACUUGGAGACGUCCAACCAGAGCUCUAUGAGCUCUAUGAACAGCUUGUCCUCCAGAAACAACAGCCUCUUGAAGGCUUCCAACAUGAACAGCAUUUUUUCAUCCAACUCAAUUUUUCAAAGCUCUCCUAUCACUAGUGCUUCUCAUGGGAUGACCUUUGUUCCGCCUUCUCCUUACACAUCUUCAGGGUUGGCUGCAACAAACCAAGCGAAAACAAUUCCAGCUUCAGCUCUUUCCCAACAAAACCAGGGUCCGCAGCCUUGUCGGGUCCAGAAUAUACCUCCUCAGGCAGCCAAUUACAAACUGUUUCACAAUCAGUUACCUGGUCAUGGCUUAUCACAUGGACUUCAAGAUCAGUCCUUUGGUCUUUCAUCAUGUGGACCAAAUGUCAGCAUGUCUCCAGCAACAUUUGGGGGGCAAAUUAAUGACAAUAGACACCAAAACACCUUUAAAUCACCCAUUUCCAUGGGGCAGCAUCAGUGGGGACCUUCAUUUAGUGGUGGAGGAACAGUCACCGGUGUAGAUGGUCAUGUCAACAAAGCGCCGUCGCAGGAGAAAUGUUUUCCUUCUUCGACUGAAAGCGACAAACGACGCUCUUUAAUUUUAAAUCAGCGUGCACAGCUGCUCAAACAACUGGAAAACAUUGAUAAACUUCUUGAAUCAUUGCCUUCAGAUGACAGCAAUGAAGAGGAGCCUUCAAACAAUGAUGUUCAGUCUCCACUUGCAGAAAAUUGUUCUUCGCCCUCAUUCUGCGAUAAACAAAGUUUGUCAGACUCACCAGGAUCCCCGGGAUUCCCAGGGUCACCGGGGUCACCAGCUGAGUCCAGGGAAAUGGAUAAAAGUUGCAGUGGGUCAGAGGCUAAUGCUGGCGGCGACUCUGAUUAUGUGCCUCAAAGUGAAGUCAGUUUUUCAGAUUCCGAGUCUGAGGAUCGUCCCAGUCGGAGCUGUCCAUCGAGUCCCACAAAUGACACGCGGAAGGAGAAGGAACAAUCUGAGGAUGAUUUGUCAGAGGAAGAAAAUGCCACUUAUCCUAAAAAGACAUUUGAAAAUAACCAGAUGUCGAAAUCUGGAACGGUGGUGGUACAAACAUCUAAAACAAAAGAGAAACAUCGUAGCAGCAAGCUAAAUUACUGUUUGUUUUGUGCAAAACCAAUGACCAGAAUGGCAAGGCAUCUUACGAGAAUCCACAGCGACAGAGUCGAGGUUGCCAUUGCAUUUCAGUACCCUGCGAAUUCAAAGGAAAGGAAAAAGAUAUGGCAACAACUAAUAAACGACGGAAACUUCAAACACAACAAAAACGUUUUAAAAACAGGAAACGGACAACUUGCUGUACGUUUAAGACCUAGUAAUCCAAGCAAAGCAAUAGAUUUUGUUCAUUGUAUCUACUGUCAUGGUCUGUUUAGAAAAAAAUCAAUGUUUAUACAUAUAAAAAGAUGCAAAGAAAAAGUCAAGAAAGAAGAUAAACCACAGGAGGGACCGAAGCGAAUCGUAUCAGUAUGUGCGCUUUUGACUAAAAGUUGUGAGGGUUUAAGUGAGGAUUUUAAGACCCUCCUUGGCGAGAUGGUCUAUGACGAGGUGUCAGAAACUGUCAUGGAAGACCAAAUCAUAUUGCAGUUUGGAGAGCAGAUGUUUAAUGAGUAUAGUCGUGAUGCAAAGAAGCAUGAAUACAUAAGACAAAACCUUCGACACGUUGCAAGACUGCUGCUCGAGGCUCAAAAGUCAACCCCUAUGCAGAGUUUGGAGGAUUUCUUUAACCCUGCUAACUUUAAACAUGUGGUGUCUGCUGUGAAGGUGCUGGCAGGCUAUGACCCAGAAAAAAAACAGUAUGCCAGGGCAUCACUUGCCCUCAAGCUUGGUUACCACCUUAAGAAGAUCUGCGGCAUUGUCGAGUGCAACGCCCGGAGCUCUGACGAGACUAAAGUGGUAGAGGCUUGCAAAAUAUUUCUCUCCAUGUAUCACAAAAAAUGGACUAAGCGUGUCACUUCAUGUGCGUUAUCAAAUAUCAAAGCCAUUCAGAGGAAAAAAGCUAAUGAGGUGCCAUCUGUUCAAGACGUGAAACGUCUGCAUUAUCACUUGGAAGCGGCUCACCACGCUGUUGAGAAGAAGCUUCAGGAGAACGUUUGUUUGGAAAACUUCUCAGCUCUGGCCAAGGUGGUUCUGGCCCGGACAAUUCUUUUCAACAGGAGACUUCCUGGAGAGGUCGGGUCAAUUUUAGUGACAGAUUUCAAGUCACGGGUGCAAUCAGAUGUUUGCGAUGACAUGGACGUAUCCGUCUCGAAGCUGGAAAGGAAACUGUGUGGUUUGUUCAGUAGAGUCAACAUCAGAGGGAGCUGUGGGAGAAAGGUCCCCAUCAUUCUUAAACCCUCGCUUGAGUCAUCUAUAGAGCUUCUGAUUAAUGUUCGGGAAGCUUGCGGGAUUUUCAGCAACAACCCAUAUGUGUUUGCCCGACAAUUUGCGCUAUCUCCUCAUAGAGGAUCGUGUUGCAUUCAGAUGUAUGCCAAAGAGUGUGGAGCAGAAGACCCUGCAGCCCUCAGAGUGCUAAAGAUCCGGAAGCAUUUUACAACAGUGCUGCAGCUGCUUAACCUGGACGAAGAAGAGGUCAGACAGGUUUUAGGCCCCAGCAGUGACAUCCAAAUGCUGCGACAAGUCAACGACACAAUGUGUGAUGAUACCAUCAUGGAGUCUGGAGGACCACUUCAAUUUUAUCAGCAGCGCAGAGGAGCGACUGGCUGCAGUACGGCUGACGCAGUGAAGAAAUUGAGGAGAGAAGCACUGCACAGCAAAGCCAAACUUCCAUGGAACAAAGCAGAGAUUCAUGCCAUAGAAAAACACUUGAUGAGUUUCAUCAAGAAGCACAAAAUCCCUCAAAAAGACGACUGUGUUCGCUGCCUUGAGGCCGAGCCGCAUGCACUGAGGAAACGUUCGUGGAAAGGUGUGAAGGACUACGUCAGAAACCGGAUCACAACUCUGCAAAGACAAGCCGACUCUUCCAAAGGACCAUCAAAAAGCAGUAUCAGAACCAGCAAAGAUAAACCACAGCAGAGUUCUGCAACGUUGCAGCUUUCGGAUGGAGAGAAGGAAGCCAGAGAGAAUCCCAGUUCUGGUCCCACUUCAUGUCCCAGUUCAUCUUCUGUUCCUUCUAGGUCUCAGAAAGAAAAAGACUUGCGCCACAAAACCAAGCCUAAAUGGGCCGAGUCAGAGGUUGGUGCCGUUGAAAAGCAUCUGAUGCAUUUUAUUGAAGAGCACAAGCUGCCCCAGAAAGAAGACUGUGUCCGGUGCCUCGAAGCGGAGCCGCAUGCGCUGAGGAACCGUUCCUGGAAAGUUGUAAAGGAUUACGUCAGGAACAGGAUCACAGCUCUGCAAAGACAGAGUGGCUUUUCCAAAGAUUCAUCAAACACCAAGAGCAAGCCCAGGCAGGAGAAAUCACAGAGCUCUGAUAGUUUCCAGUCUCCAAAUGGAGAACAAGCUGCCCCCGAGCUUCAAAAUGUGGUCUCCAGCUGCAUGUUUAGUUCUUCAAAUCUUUUUCAACCUCAAACUUAUGGAGUAACUACAAGCUGCAGCAUGAGCACUCCUCCUAAGUCUGGCAGAUCAAAACAAAAAGCCCCUGCAGGUUUGCUUACGAAAUCCAAGCAUACGUGGAACGAAGCAGAGGUCCAAGCCGUGGAAAAACACCUGAUGGGUUUCAUCACAAAGCAAAAACUGCCUCAGAAAGAUGACUGUGUUCGGUGCCUCGACGCCGAGCCACAUGCUCUGAGGAACCGAUCUUGGAAGGGUGUGAAGGACUAUGUCAGGAACAGAAUCACUACUCUACAAAGACACAGUGGCUUUUCAAAGCCUGCUUCAAAAAGCAACAGAUCCAGGCAGGACAAACCGAAGCAGAGUUCUGGACGUUACCACCAGUUGUAGGUGUACCUGGGUGUCCAAAACUAUGCCUGGAAGUUUGUCUCCAUGAUCCAUUCUUGCUGACUUAUAUAGGUACUUUUGUUGCAUUUGUAUAUUCUGUAUCUAAUUAACCUCAACUUGUUUAAUAACUCCCUUAUUUAGGACAGCUGCAAAAAAAAUCGGAUAAUUGUUUUCGGGGUUUCCAAACCCAGUCCUCGAUAGCUUCUCCUGCAACUUUCAGAUUCAUCUCUGCUCUAACACACCUGAAUCAAAUGGCUGUAUGACCUCUUCAGCUUGCCAUCCAGUUCUGCCAUGUGUGCAUCAGCGAGUAAAGUCAUCUGCUCCGAUUUCUGCAGAGGCCUGGUACCGAGUCAUUCAUUAGACUCGGAUGUGUUGCUCUAAAGGUCGCAGGACUUCUUGAGGACUGGAGUUGGAUACCUCUGGUUUAAACGUGUUUUUGUUUCUUUACUAGAUACCUGCAGAUGUUUGAUCACUGUAUUUUUAUUUUUUUUUAGCAUUUUGUAUUAAAUUAAAGCUUUUAUAAAAAAAGAUUAUGUGAAUAUAUUCUGUAUGUACAUUUUGUUUUUUUAAGUUUCUCAUGUAUGGCACAGUGAGGUUGUCCUGUUUGACCAUGUAACAUUGUGGGUUUUUUUUUUUAUUUUGUUAGAAUUUACUUACGAAACCCAGAUUCAAUAAUAAUGUAAAAGUUUGUGAACUCAAAGAAGAGUCAUUAUUCCAGAAAUGACCUGAAAGCACAUUGUCUUGUAUUGAUCCCUGUGACCCAGGUCACUUGGGUACCUGUGUUGAAGAGGAAAUGUGCUGUUAGUGGGUAUGUAUUUUUUUGCAUUAAACAUGCAAAUACGUUUUCACCAAUAUAUAUGUAGUGUUUUUUUGUUUUUUUUUUAAACAUAGAAUAAAAUAAUGCAGGUAUCAAAAACGAAGUCAGAUUUUUAUUUAAAAUGUCCUGGGAUUUAAGUAUUCAACCAAAGGAAUCUUUAAAUCCUGCAGGGUACUUUUUGGUUUUAAUUAUUUUUUUUCUUGAGGUUAAAUUGUUGGAAUCCUAUAAUGACCAUUUGUGAAAUAAAUAUCCACAUACCAACUACAA